AUGGAUCAGUGUGCGUCCAGGGUGCUGCCGAUCAUCGACGAGGGGUCGGAGUCGGAGUCGGAGACGGGGUCGGCGGAGGGUGUGGCGCCGGAGACGACGACGAGGAAGGCCGCGGCGGCGAGGGCCAUAGCCGAGCGCAGGAAGGCGAUCGUGGCCAGGAUGAGGGAGCUGCUCCGGCGCGCCGUCGUGCAGUCGUCGUCGGCGGCAGCGACUCAGUCCAAGCUGCGCUCCUCCACCGUGGCCACCGCCAAGAAAUGGAAGAGGGUGGUGACCUUCAAGAGUAGAGAUCGCCGGCGUUCGGUCGUCCACGGCGGCGGCCUCGACGGCAUGAGCUCCGCGUCGUCGGUGUCCAGCGCCAGCAGGAACAGCCUGAGCAGCCGGGACGCCACAUUCCCGCGCUCCCCUCCGCCGCCGUUCGCCGCCGCCAACAAGAUAUGCUUCGAAGAAAUCAUGGCGAUGGAGCAUGAGGCUCACUGGAUCACCACGGAUUCCGACUUCGUCGUGCUGGAGCUCUAG